CACAUUGAUGGCGAUUAUUUCACCCACCUUAGCAUGGCCAGCUGCUAAGAGGUCCACCAACAGCUCGACCGCUACUGCUCUUCAUUUCGGCGCCGACGGUACAUUCCAGCUCAGCAUCUUCGAAGACCUGCAUACAGGAGAGAACGCCUGGGACUCGUGGGGACCGCAGCAAGAUAUUAACACUAUCAAAGUCAUCAACGAAGUUCUUGACAAAGAAGGUCCCGACUUAGUGGUCCUUAAUGGCGACCUUAUCACUGGUGACAACGCGUUCCUUGAGAAUGCAACAAUUUACAUUGAACAGAUUGUCGGCCCACUGAUACAGAGAAACUUGCCCUGGGCUUCCGCUUACGGAAAUCAUGACCACCAGUAUAAUCUUUCCUCGGACGCGCUCCUAGCCCAUGAACAGCGCUGGCCGAAUUCCCUGACGCAGAAGAUGGUGGCUGGGUCGGAGCUGGACAUCGGAACUUCGAACUACUAUCUUCCUGUAUAUGGGGAGAAUUGUACGGUGGUCAAAGACUGCGCGCCAGACAUGAUACUAUGGUUUUUCGACAGCCGAGGCGGUGCUCGCUUUCAGGAGCGAGAUGCUGAUGGCAAUCAGAUUGGCCUCCAGAACUGGGUCGACACCAAAGUCGUGGAUUGGUUCCAACAGACCAAUGCAGAGCUGGUGAACAAGUAUCAGAAGACACUCCCGUCUCUUGUGUUUGUGCACAUUCCUACCUACGCAUCCCUCGCCUUCCAGCAAACGGGCGUGCAUCCUCACUACGAACCAGGCAUCAACGAUGAUGUGCCGUUGGCGCCACAGGCACAAGGAUGGUGUCCUGACAGCGAGACUAAUGACGGAUCUUGCGAAUACGGCGGCCAGGAUGUGCCCUUCAUGCACGCUAUCUCAACAAUCCCCGGAAUUAUAGGGGUUUUCUCAGGACAUGACCAUGGCGACACCUGGUGCUACAAAUGGGAUUCUCAGCUACCGAACAUGACAGUCGCAGGCAAUGGCGUCAAUCUUUGCUUCGGACAGCACUCGGGUUACGGCGGCUACGGUAGCUGGGAGCGCGGUGCACGACAAAUUUCUAUCUCUAAGUCUCAACUCGGCGCUUUCGAAGCCGACACUUGGAUUCGACUGGAAAGUGGCAACGUGGUCGGUGCUAUUACGCUAAAUGCGACGUACGGAAAUGAUUGGUACCCGCAAACUAACAACACCAAGACGAGCUGUCCUACUUGUUGAUAUCGUGGGCCCGCAGAAUUGAGACAAUCUUGUCACUAGCAACAAUAUAUGAGCAGACGUAAUGUUAUCUCCGCGAUAACAUUCAUCGCCACUCUUAUAUCCGGUAUCGCAGGACGAGAACGUUAGUUUAUGAUGAUCCAGAUAAGGUGGCUUUGAACGUCAAGCCGUAUGUAAGGCUGUCUAGCGCCUGCUUGUUUGCUUUAUGAAUACGGCCGAUACUCCUUGCUAGCCAUGGGACCUUCCUCUUUGGUGUUGUAUAUAUGCGGACC